AAAACAUUGUCCAGUUACGUGCGUCGAACUUCUCAAGCAGUUGUGGGGGGCACCUCCAAAAGCUACAAGGCAGCGUGACAUGGAACCAGGAUCAAAAGUAUUGGAGGAACUUGUGAUACUAAACUUUGGAUGCAAGAUAUCAGAGGACAAAUUUUUGGUGCUUUGGAAAAAACCAAAUGUUUCUGUGACAUUUGAGAUGGAACUGAAAAGUCUGCACUUUUGUUUCUCUUAUGAUGGUUUCGACUACAAGCUUGAGCUCCAAUAUGACACUAUUUACCGGAUUGAACUGCGUUGUCCCCGUGGUCAGCUUCAAAAGUUUCUUCUCAUCCAGUUACGUGGUGCCCCUCGAAUCUAUAAGAAAGAUGCAACUUCGUUUUCUAACAACCACUGGGUUCGAGAUGUGGAUUUCACUCCAUCAUGCUGCAUCGGACAAUCCUCGUCUAUAUGUUUGGAGCUUCCAUUGAGGUGUGCACUUCCAGUCCUUCGCAAGAGUUUUGUUAACUAUAAAGAGAAUAAAGGACACUUUCUACUGAAGGAAGGUCGCACAUUUUCCGGCCAUUCAGCUCUUGUUCCUGUUCUGGCUCCACCCAAAGGCAUCGACUUGCCAUACAGAAUCUUGUUCAAGAUAAAUUUGUUGGUUCAACAUGGUCGUAUUCCCGGUCCAGCUCUUAAUGUCAACUUUUAUCAGCUAGUAGAUCCUACUAGAAGAAGAAUUGAGUACAUACAUUUUGCCUUGGACAAACUGGUCAACUAUAAGGGGUGUUGUUACGAACCUGCAAGGUGGCUUUUUAACACGUACGAGACAUGCAAACAGAUUCCUAUGUCACCGUCUAUAUCUUUAGAUGAUGGAUUUGUGCUUGUACACAGGGUUCAGAUUACACCAGUUAAAGUAUACUUCUGUGGUCCAGAGGUCAAUCUCUCCAAUCGUGUUUUGCGAAAUUUUCAUGAAGAUAUCGACAAUUUUCUUCGUGUAUCCUUUGUCGAUGAGGACUUGGGAAAGAUGCAUGCUGAAGAUUUGUAUACGCAGACAAGUUUCACAGGAGAGGAAAGGAAAACUAGAGUAUAUGAAAGGAUACUUUCUACUCUACGGGAUGGUAUAGUGAUUGGUGAUAAGAAAUUUGAGUUUCUAGCAUUUUCAAAGAGUCAAUUACGAGAGCAUUCGGUAUGGAUGUUUGCUUCCAGAAGGGGCCUUAAUGCCCAAGGAAUUAGAGACUGGAUGGGAGAUUUUAGUCGCAUAAAAAAUGUGGCUAAAUAUGCAAUCAGGCUUGGUCAGUCUUUCAGCUCAUCUUGGGAGGCUUUUAGUGUUGGUUUAGAUGAAUUUGAAGUAAUUCCUGAUGUAGAAAUUGAAAGGCAGGGAAUCCAAUAUUGCUUCUCUGAUGGAAUCGGGAAGAUAUCUGCUGAAUUUGCUGAAAGAGUGGCACGAAAAUGUGGGAUACGUUAUACUCCAUCUGCCUUCCAAAUCCGCUAUGGUGGCUACAAAGGUGUUGUCGCGGUCGAUCCAACAUCGUCAAAGAAGCUGUCACUGAGAAAGAGCAUGCUCAAGUUCGAAUCAGGCAACACAAAGUUAGAUGUCCUGGCAUGGAGCAAGUACCAGCCUUAUUUCCUAAAUCGUCAAGUGAUUACCCUUUUGUCCACCCUCGGAGUUAAGGAUCAUGUUUUUGAGAAGAAGCAAACGCAGGUACUGAAUCAAUUAGAGGGAAUCCUAGCUGAUCCAUUAAAGGCACAAGAGGCCUUGCGAUUGAUGUUCCAAGGAGAGGCAACCAACAUGUUGUAUGAAAUGUUAAUGGUUUAUAAGCCAAACGAAGAGCCAUUUCUCUCAUUUAUGCUACGAUCAUUAUGUGCAUCAAAACUUGCACAACUACGAAAAAGAACACGAAUUUUUAUUCAACAUGGAAGAUCACUAAAAGGAUGUCUAGAUGAAACCGGGACAUUGGAAUAUGGUCAGGUAUUUGUGCAAUGUUCUCACCGUGAUAUCUUCAGCGGCGGCACUACUUCAACCGCUACAAACCAUGGCAGUUUUACUAUAGAGGCUGCAGUGGUUGUUGCUAAGAACCCAUGUUUACAUCCGGGAGAUGUGCGUGUCUUUUUGGCCGUGGACGUGCCGGCGUUACACCACAUGGUGGAUUGUGUUGUGUUCCCCCAAAAAGGAAAUAGGCCUCAUCCUAAUGAGUGCUCAGGCAGCGACUUAGAUGGAGAUGAUUACUUUGUGAGUUGGGAUCGUGACCUGAUUCCACCGAGGCAAGUUGAACCCAUGGACUAUACCCCAGAACCAACUGUGGAAAUUGAUCAUAAUGUUACAGUGGAGGAAGUUGAGGAGUCUUUCACCGAUUUCAUAAGGAAUUUCAAGUUGGGAGUCAUUUCAAAUGCACAUCUCAUCUUUGCAGACAGAAAACGAAAGAAGGCUAUGAGUGUUGAAUGCAUUGAACUCGCCAAGCUCCACUCACGCGCCGUUGAUUCUCCUAAGACUGGUGUAUCAGUGAAAGUGCCGAGUAAACUCCGUGCCCAUAUCUACCCAGAUUUCAUGGAUAAGACUCACAAGCAAACCUACGAGUCCAAGCGUGUGAUCGGGAAGCUUUUCCGACAGGUGAAAGAUUUAAAGCUAGGAUCACAUUCACAACACUCUUUUAAGUCCUUCACUAGGGAAGUGGCGAAGAAGUUUUAUGAUCCUGAUAUGGAGAUAGAUGGAUUUAAAGAUUACAUCAAUGAUGCCAUCAGCUAUAAAAGUGAGUAUGACUACAAGCUGGGAACCCUGAUGGACUAUUAUGGUAUCAAAACUGAAGCUGAAAUACUGAGUGGAAGUAUCAGCAAUGUGUCAAAGUUUUUCAACCAGAGAAAGGACAUGGAGUCAAUCAACUACGCCGUGAGGUCAUUGAAGAAAGAGGCAAGGAAGUGGUUCAUUGAGAAGCCUAAUAGUGAUGAUCAAUUGGAUAUCGAAGAUGACAUUGGUAUGUAUGCAGCAAAAGCAUCAGCCUGGUACCAUGUCACAUAUCAUCAUCGUUACUGGGGUUGCUACAAUAAGGGUAUGACAAGAGAACAUUUCCUGAGUUUUCCAUGGUGUGUUUUCGACGUGCUCGUCCUCAUCAAGAGGUAUAAAAAAAGUAAUCCAUGAAGAGCCAUUUGACUUGGACAUCUAAUACGCUAAUAUCAGUGUGGACUAGUCCUAAGCCGUUGUGUAAUGUUGUAGAUUUAUGAUCAUAUUCUGAACUACUUUAGAUAUUAUGAAUGAAGCGACAUUUUACUUGGCAAAAGUAUCUCUGUAAAUUGAAAGACGUUAUUCGCUGAUUUUUUUUUUUUACCUCGAGUU